ACAGCCCAUUCAUAUUACCAGUCAUUAUUACUGCUACUGCUACCAUUACUAAGAUUAUGUCAUCUUCAUCAUCACUACCACUUCACUCAGCUGCUGCUGCAGCGGCCCAUCAGAAGAAGGCAACCUCCGGCGCAGCGGCGGAUUGUGUCUCGUCAGUAAGCUUCCCUCGCACAGUCUGGGGCAAUGGCUUCCUCGACAAAGUUGAUCUGUCCUUCCAGGCGAAAGAAAGAUACCCAAACCAUGAAGUCCUGAAAGAAGAAGUGAGGAAGAUGUUCACAAAUGAAGUAAAAAGUACUGGAGAUGAAGAGGCAAUAAUCGCCGACAAGCUGCGUCUGGUAGAUGCAGUUCAACGAUUAGGUAUUGGGUAUCACUUUGAGCCAGAGAUUGAAAAGGCACUUGAAAAAGUACAUGAUAUGGGAGGAGACUUAUUCGCUAACAUCGGUGACAAAGGCACGGAUCUCUAUCAUGCAGCUCUUAGAUUUCGGCUCCUCAGACAACAAGGAUUUCCUGCUUCGCAGGAUGGGUUUAGAAAGCUGAAGAACAGUGAAGGGAGGUUCAAGGAAUGGGUGUCGAGGGAUAGACAAGGACUGUUGAGCUUGUACGAGGCAGCACACUUGGCAUUCAAUGGAGAAGACAUAUUGGAUGAAGCCCUGAAUUUUGCGACCAAGAACCUUAAGUCAUCAUCUGUCAUCCACCACAAUACCAACCCUAAUUCAUUCCAAAAGCAAAUCGACUUUGCUCUUCGCUUUCCUGCUUGGAAAUGUGUCCCAAGAUCACUUGCUAGGCACUCAAUAGAUAUUUAUUCUGAGGAUUCUUCGCAGAAUCUAAAGCUUCUCACGUUUGCAAAGAUGGACUUCAACAUAGUCCAAAACUUGCAUCAGCAAGAGCUCCAUGAAAUCUCUGGGAUGAAUGUUGGGGCUCUUGAAGAACUACCAGAUAGGAUGAGGAAUACUUAUCGUGCCGUCCUUGAUUUGUAUGAUGAAAUCGAGAGGGAAAUUGGAAAAACGCGACCCACUUUCCCCGUGGAUUAUGCCAAGGACGAGCUCAAGAAACUGUGCGGAGCCUACUUAGUUGAGAUUGGGUGGCGCGCUGAAGGCAUGGUUCCGACACUGGAAGAGUACAUGAUCAACGCGUACAACAGCUCCGGUGUGCCCAAAACUUGCACCUCUAAUCUGAUUGGCAUGACACCAGAAAUAGCCACCAGGGAGGCUUUUGAAUGGAUGACUAACGAAUCCAAACUCAUGAAAGCCUGCAGUUUGAUUGGUAGGCUUCAAAAUGACAUUUUCACUCACGAGUAUGAGCGAAAGAGAAAUCAUCCGGCUUCGGCUGCUGAAUGCUACAUGAAACAACAUGGAGCGACGGAGGAAGAAGCAGUUGAAUUCCUGUGGAAAGAGAUUCACAACGCCUGGAAAGAUAUCGCUCAAGAGUAUCAGAAACCAACUCCGAUGCCGGUAGCUGUUACGGAUCGUAUCCUCAAUUUGGCGCGUUCCUGCAACUUGUUCUAUGAGAUUGGCGAUGGCUACACCAACUCCCACCUCAUGAAGGAUCAGCUCACCUCACUGCUCUUCGAUCCUCUGCCCCUUUAGUUUCAAGAAACCAUUAAAUAAUGCCCUACCUAGCCAGUACUCAUGUCAUGUGGUUCACAAAUUAAAUCACAACGCUACCUAGCUCUCUAGCUGCUUCAUUUUACGUUUCUUCUUCUUGCUAGUGGUGGGGUUUUUUUUUUUUUUUGUUGAUGUUAGUUUCAUGCUUCCUUUCCUGGACUGUUAUCACAGCUGUUAUCGUUUACAUUUUCCCUUUUAAUCAAUAAAAAAUUAUAUUGUUAAUCAUGGAUCAUAUACUAAUUAGAAUAUAUUGGAAGAGAUUUCAUCAUGGAUCAUAUACCAUUUACAUCAACAUACCUCUCUCAAAUGAAAGCUGAUUUGUGUGAGGCUUGAGGUUUACACGCUAACAUAACAUAUAGGGGGUCAUCGAGAUUCGAACAUAAGACAUCUCGACCACAAAAAAUUUUGAUAUCAUAUUAAAAAUUAGUUGAUCCAAUAAAUUAACUUAUUAAGACAAGUUCUCCAAAUCAUAUACCAUUUAGUAACACUUACACCUAAACCUAUGUGCAGUGCUCUAGCUUCAUCGAAAAUCUCCCUAGCUAAAUGGUCUAAGCUCGUCUCAAUUCUUGAGCAUUUUCACAAUGUUCUGAGUUAUUGAGAUUAAUUAUUUUGGUUCGUUCACCUUCAUAAAAAAAAUUGAGAUUAAUUAUUUUGCUCAUAACAAUAUUAAAAUGUAUUAUGUAUUUAAAUUGUGAUAAACUCAGUAAACGAACAUGCAAACAUAACUCAUGUGGUGAGUUUUGUUUUAUGCAAACAUUACUCAAAUAAAGUAAGCCUGGGAGUUUAAAUUUUACACCCUGUGAGAUUAUGUAUUUUAAAAUAAACCAUUGAUGUUUCAGCAGGUACUUUGGUUUUAGGUAACCUAAUUCGCCACUUCCCCCUCCACGCACGUACGUUCCCGCUCUUUAUCAUCAAAACGCGGUUUAUUAGGAGUUGGCUAAAAAGUAGAGACACUCAUUAAAAUAUCAUAUUUGAUUAAAAUAUUAAAAAUAACUGAAGUGAAUUUGAUGGAAAUGUAAACGUGUAAUCUUCUUUGAAAUUUAGAUAUAUGUAAUUGAUACCUAAUAUAUUUGUUUAAUUGAUACAUAAAAUAUAUAUCUCUCCAUAAUUAAGUUUUAUGUUAUGCAUUUAUAAUGUACGUGGCUAUCCACAAAUAGUGUGUGAAAGUGGAGACACCUGACUGCAAAUGACAAGUGCCCUUUAUGCUCAGAUAACAUUGAGACCAACUUGCAUUGUCUUAGAGACAGUACUUCGGCAAGAAAAAUAUGGGAGAAGAUGGUUCCAGCCCAGGAGCAGUCUAGAUUCUUCUCGUCGGAUCAAUCUACCUAGUUCAGUUUAAACAUUAAGGGCGAUAUUAGAAAAGCUGAUCAGGAAGUUUGGCCGAGCAGAUUUGCCUUAAUUUGCUGGUAUAUUUGGAAGUACAGAAUUGAGUUUGUUUUAUAGUGAAAGAAGCUAGUUGAGUCGUCGCUCAUCAACUAUGUUAUUUCUAAGGCGAAGGAGUGGUUGGACAUUUGGGAAAGAGCUAACUGCAACUUGACUUCUCUCGAAAAGCCACCACGUGAAGACAGGCUAGUGGGGUGAACGACUCGGUGGCUGGUUGGAGAAAGUUGAACACGGAUGGAGCAUCUCAGGUCGGGUCGGGUUUGGCAACGGCUGGUGGAGUUCUCUGGGACAGCGACAGUGACUGGCUAGGUGGUUUCUGUUGCAAGAUUGGGACUGGCUCGGCUAUCUUAGCAGAAUUGUGGGGAAUCCAUUUGGGUCUCCUAUGGCCUGGAAUCAAGAUACUCAAUUCCU